CUAUUAUUCUACAGUGACAGACAGUAACUAUAUAUAGGUCGCUCCUCACUAUCCAUAUUCCAUAAUCCCUCUAAAGACUAGGGAAUCCCCAUACAACCUCUAUCUACCACGCGCGUUGAAACCCAGUCUCAAUCACAACUACAACAUGUCAUCCUCCGUCCAAGAAGGCCGGAUAUCCAAGACCACGCGCCGGAAACGCGAUCCCAACCGCCAAGCCCAGGUCUCGCGAGCGCACACCAGGAGUCAGGACAAGCAUGAUGAGGAGGAUUACACCCAUCUCCUCCCCCUGGUCGAACGCACCAACGCCCUCCCAAUCGACCAAUUCGUCAAUGCUUAUGUCCCGGCGCAUCUUCUCUCCUUCACCGGAAAGACCGGAACUGGCACCAGCAGCAGCACGAGUACAAGCACAAGUACUAACACCAACAACCCCCCUCCAAACCCCUCCCACCACCCCCCAACCCACCCCACCACCCACCGCACCAACCCUAACUCCUACAUACAAUAUCUCCAUCUCCUCCGCAUCCACCCUCCCCCCGCACGACCUAACCCAAUGCUUCGACCUCAUCUCCCUCACCUCCGCGGACGCCUACCGCGACUCCUCGGUCGGGUGGUCCCCGACCAAGAAGCGGAGGGAGAUGAAGUUGCCGGAUAUGAAGUAUUUGGUUGUGCGGCGUGUUCAGACGCAGGAUCGUGCUGACGGCGAUGCUGGUUCUGACCGUGCCACUACUGAGAAAGAAAAACAAAAAGGAGGAGAAGGCGAAAAAGAGAAAAAAGAAGGAGGGAGAAAAGAGGAAGAAGAAGAAGAGGAGGAGGAGGGAGAUAUCCUCGGAUUCCUCUCAUUCAUGAUCACCUACGAAGAUGGUCUGGAGGUGAUCUACUGCUACGAGGUGCACGUCACGCCGUCGAUGCGGGGACAGGGAAUCGGCCGACGGCUUCUCGCGUCCAUGAUGGAGAUUGGGCGACGGAUCGGGAUGGAGAAGGCUAUGUUGACGGUGUUUAAGGCGAAUGUGUCGGCGCAGAGACUGUAUGAGGCGCUGGGGCUGGUGACGGACGAGAGUAGUCCGCGGCCGAGACGGUUGAGGAAUGGGAUGGUUAAGGAGGCGGAUUAUAGGAUUAUGUCUGUGCGGUUGGAUGGGGGGCCGUAUGUUUGAAAUUUAUUUGUUUGGGGUGGAGAUAGGAUGGACAGAACAGGUCGGUUGGGUUUCGUAUCUUUAUCUUGAUAUUUUAUUUUAUAUAUUGGAUUGAGUUGAGGGGGGGGAACUAGAUAAAUUACAC